AUGAGCCUACGGCAGCUGCUUUUGCGCUUGCCCCGUUAUCUUGGGGCCUCGGGUCCCCUGCGUGGCCCCCUCGACACCAUCUCCUCGGUGAUCUCCUGGCGUGGUCAGUCCUCCAGGUCCCCGGCCCAGUGGAACCAAGUGGUGUCAGAGGCUGAGAAGAUCGUGGGCUACCCCACGUCCUUCAUGAGCCUCCGCUGCCUGCUGAGCGACGAGCUCAGCAACAUCGCUGUGCAGGUGCGGAAGCUGGUGGGGACUCAGCACCCUCUGCUUACCACAGCCAGGGGUCUUGUACACGACAGCCAGAAUAACCUCCAGUUGAGGGGCUUGGUGGUAUUACUUAUUUCUAAGGCAGCUGGGCCCAACAGUGUUAAUGCUUCGUGUCAAAAGUAUGACAUGGUCAGUGGGAUCUAUUCAUGUCAAAGAAGUUUGGCAGAGAUCACAGAACUUAUCCAUACUGCUCUCCUUGUACAUCGUGGGAUAGUAAAUUUAAAUGAAUUGCAGUCUUCUGACGGGCCACUGAAAGAUAUGCAAUUUGGAAAUAAAAUAGCUAUCCUGAGUGGAGACUUUCUUCUAGCAAAUGCCUGCAAUGGACUCGCUCUGCUACAGAAUACCAAGGUUGUGGAACUUAUAGCAAGUGCUCUUAUGGAUUUGGUACAAGGAGUAUACUAUGAAAAUUCUACUUUAGCAAAGGAAAAUCAUAUCACAGAUGAUAUUGGAAUAUCGACUUGGAAGGAGCAGACUUUUCUCUCCCAUGGGGCCUUACUAGCAAAGAGCUGCCAAGCUGCGAUGGAAUUAGCAAAGCAUGAUGCUGAGGUUCAGGAUAUGGCAUUUCAGUAUGGGAAGCACAUGGCUAUGAGUCAUAAGAUAAAUUCUGAUCUCCAGCCUUUUAUUAAAGAAAAGACCAGUGACUCCUCGACUUUUAAUCUGAACUCAGCUCCUGUAGUCUUACACCAGGAGUUUCUUGGAAGAGAUUUGUGGAUAAAGCAGAUCGGAGAGGCUCAAGAGAAAGGAAGAUUAGACUAUGCUAAGUUGCGAGAAACAAUCAAAGCUGGCAAAGGUGUGACUUCAGCUAUUGACCUGUGUCGUUACCAUGGAAACAAAGCACUGGAGGCCCUGGAGAGCUUUCCUCCCUCGGAGGCCAGAACUGCUUUAGAAAACAUUGUGUUUGCUGUGAUGAGAUUUUCCUGA